CCACAUGUGGGACAGGACUGUUGGCCAGGGCGCUUCGCUCGCCGCCUGCCUCACUCGGCGUGGUGCCUGCAGCCAUGCCAAAGCACAACCCUGCUGUCAUUGCCUGACGGGACACCCGGCCAGCUGAGGGGACAACUUGCCCCUUCCCCGGGGAGAGGGUCUGCUGGAAACCAGCGCAGUGGCUGAGAGUGCUUGGCACCCUCUGGCACCUCCCUGGGUGAGGAAUACUGUGCCACUGCCACCAAGAUCCCUGUGGACACACAAGUCAGAGGAGCGCAGACAAAAUGUGUUCGGUCUUCCGGAGUGAGGAGAUGAGCCUGAUGCAGCUCUUCCUGCAGGUGGAGGCUGCCUACUGCUGUGUGGCUGAGCUGGGGGAGCUGGGUCUGGUCCAGUUCAGAGAUCUGAAUGUGAAUGUGAACAGCUUCCAGAGAAAGUUUGUGAAUGAAGUGAGAAGGUGCGAAUCCUUGGAGAGGAUCCUGCGUUUUCUGGAAAAUGAGAUGGAAGACAACGUUGAGACAGUCAAACUAGAAAAGUAUCCAGAGACACUCCUGCCUCGGGAAAUGAUUUAUAUGGAGACGGUGCUGGAGAAACUUGAAGCUGAGCUACUGGAAGCCAACCAGAACCAGCAAACACUGAAGCAGAACUUCCUGGAGCUGACAGAGCUCAAACAUCUGCUGAAGAAAACCCAGGACUUCUUUGAGGCAGAAACCAAUCUGCCAGAUGAUUUCUUCAGUGAAGACACAUCUGGACUGCUGGAGCUGAGAAGCACUCCUGCUGCUGCAGCUGCCAAACUGGGAUUCACAGCAGGGGUAAUAAAGAGGGAAAGAAUGAUACCUUUUGAGCGUCUGCUGUGGCGAGCCUGUAGGGGAAACAUCUACCUGAGGUACACCGAAAUGGACACUCCCCUGGAAGACCCUGUAACGAGAGAAGAGGUGAAAAAGAACGUGUUCAUUAUUUUCUAUCAAGGGGAGCAGCUUAAACAGAAAAUCAAGAAGAUUUGUGAUGGAUUUCGUGCCACAGUCUAUCCCUGUCCAGAGUCUGCUGCUGAGCGCCGAGACAUGCUUGAUGGAGUCAACACAAGGAUUGAGGAUUUAAACACAGUGAUGACCCAAACUGAGUCCCACCGCCAGCGACUACUGCAUGAAGCAGCAGCCAACUUGUGGUCCUGGGGAAUCAAGGUGAAGAAAAUCAAGGCCAUCUACCACAUUCUGAAUUGCUGUAACAUUGAUGUCACCCAGCAGUGUGUCAUUGCGGAGAUCUGGUUCCCAGUGGCUGAUACCAGCCGGAUAAAAAAAGCUCUCCAUCAGGGAAUGAAGCGCAGUGGCUCUACUAUUGCCCCUAUACUUACUGCCAUACACACCAGGAUGGCACCACCCACCUUCAACAGGACCAACAAGUUCACAGCUGGAUUUCAGAACAUUGUGGAUGCAUAUGGUGUGGGCAACUACAGGGAGAUGAACCCAGCUCCAUACACUAUCAUUACUUUCCCCUUUCUAUUUGCGGUGAUGUUUGGGGACUGUGGCCAUGGUGCUGUCAUGCUAGGAUUUGCACUCUGGAUGGUCAUCAACGAGAAGAGCCUUCUGGCCCAGAAAAGCACUAAUGAGAUCUGGAACACCUUUUUCAGCGGGCGUUACCUGAUCCUGCUCAUGGGCAUAUUCUCCAUGUACACUGGCUUCAUCUACAAUGACUGUUUCUCCAAAUCAUUCAAUAUCUUUGGCUCUUCCUGGCAUGUCAUCCCCAUGUUUAGAAACAGCACUUGGAAUAAGGAAGUGCUUCUGGAAAACACAGUGCUGCAGCUGGAUCCAGCAGUCCCAGGGGUCUACUCUGGAAAUCCAUAUCCUUUUGGAAUAGAUCCAAUCUGGAACAUUGCAUCGAACAAGCUGACUUUCUCGAACUCCUACAAAAUGAAGAUGUCAGUUCUCAUAGGGAUUGUGCACAUGAUUUUUGGGGUGAUACUCAGUCUCUUCAACCACAUUUACUUCAAGAAAUACAUAAAUAUUAUCCUUCAGUUCAUUCCAGAAAUGAUUUUUAUUGUCUCACUUUUUGGAUACCUGGUCUUCAUGAUUAUUUUCAAAUGGUGUCAUUUUGAUGUCCACUCAUCCCAAAGUGCACCAAGCAUCCUCAUCCACUUCAUCAAUAUGUUUCUGUUCAAUUACAGUGACACUUCAAAUGCUCCCUUAUAUCUGCAUCAGAAAGAAGUGCAGAGUUUCUUGGUCAUAUUUGCACUGAUUGCUGUUCCCUGGAUGCUCCUAAUUAAACCUCUUGUCCUCCGAGCCAACCACCAGAAAGCACAGCGCAUGAUUCGUUCUCAAGAUGUCUCAGGAAAUCUUGGAGGUGAAAAUGAGGUAGAUGUUCCAGAGACCAAUCAUUCCAAGAAAGCUUCCCAGGGAGACCACAGUGGUGGCCAUGGAGGACAUGAGAAUGAUGAUGAAGAGUUCAAUUUUGGAGACAUAUUUGUACAUCAAGCUAUCCACACCAUUGAAUACUGCCUUGGCUGCAUCUCCAACACAGCAUCCUAUUUGCGGCUCUGGGCACUGAGCUUAGCCCAUGCACAGCUGUCAGAGGUGCUCUGGACCAUGGUGAUGCACAAUGGGUUGAACAACAGCAGCUUUUCAGGCCUCAUCAUCGUCUUCAUCAUCUUUGCAGCAUUUGCAGUGCUGACAGUAGCCAUCCUGCUUAUCAUGGAGGGGCUUUCAGCCUUUCUGCAUGCCUUGCGUCUGCACUGGGUGGAGUUCCAGAACAAGUUCUAUGUGGGAGCCGGGUACAAGUUUUCUCCAUUCUCUUUCAAGCACAUCAUUGAUGGCACUGCAGAAGAGUAAAGCCAGUGCAUCGCUGCUUCAGUCCUCAAACCAGACUCUUUUUUUUUCUUGUGGCCACUCACCCACAGAGUGGAGUAUAUGGGAUGAAACAGAAUGGGAUGUGGCCCUUGAAAGAAGAGCAGAAGGAAAUGUCUUAGCUAUAUUCACAUAUACUGCUGUAUCAGCUGAGAACUGAACUACAUUGGUUUGGUUGACUGGACCCCUGGCUGAGUAUCUCCACUGAUACCUUUGCCAGGUACUUGGUCCUCAGUAUUUGAUUGGGUCAGCUGCAUACUGCUUGGUUGAAAAGAGGAGAUGCAGCAUUUGAACUAAAUUGGUUAUUAAUAAUCAGCUCACAUACGUUUUGCUCCAUUUACUGCCUUGUCUUUGUGGCGCAUUUCUUUCUGAGGAAAAUAUGUUUUGGCUGUUGUUUCAAGCUGUGGUUGAUCAUAUGACAGUGAUUAAGUCCCUUAUAAGACUGCAGCCCUUCAUUUAGCACACAACACAAACCAGCUCAAAGACAGAUCAUAUUGCAGUCUUGCAAUUUUCUACAUUCUUUACUACAACAACCCUUUUUAAAUCUGAUUUGCUCCAGGGCUUGACAGCACUGCAUUAUAGAAGUUUGCACAUGUCAUCACUUAACAAAAGGGUUAGUUUUGAGCUGUGCAAACAAAAGAGUGUGCCAGUUUCCACACUGGCAGCCAAUUUAUUUCUAUUAACUUGUUUCUCAGUGAAGACUUACGAUGACUCCCCUUGUGCUGUAUUUUUCAAGAUGGAUUGUUAAAGCAAACUGUGUAGGAAUGCUAAUACCUAAUGAACAGAAUGAAGAGAGGUAUCAAAAUGGCUGAGAUUAAUUUGAAGUAUUGAUAUAUAAUGAUCUUUUCUAAACAUUCAUUAAUCACUAGUCUUGCAAAUUGAAUAGUGUUAAUCACAAGAGGCUAUUAUUUUUUAACUACAGAAGAUGUAAAAUUCCUACACAGCACACCAAUGGAUUUGGAGGCAACUCUGCUCCCUUCCAUGGGGUGUGACCAAACAAGCCCUGUUUUCAAACCUCACACCCCUGUUAUCCAGCUCCACCAAAGAAACCCACCUGGGAUUGUUUCCAGCAGGAUAUGCAGUGGAAGAGUUAUCGUCAGCAGUGAGCCUGUGGUAUCCAGGCUUGAAAGCUAUCUUUCUGCUACAGUGACCAAGGAGAAAAUACAGCCACAGGCAAAGCAGUUGUUACACUUUUUUCCUUGUGACCUCAAGAAGCCACACUGGUGUCAGGCACCACUUACCAACAGAACUAUGACUGUUUUUCCCUUUUAACCACAGCUUGAGUUUGAAGCAGCAGCUGGAGCUGAGAAAGGAGGGUACAGGAGUGUGUCCAUGACCCACAUGUGGACUUGUGUCACCAUUUCUUUAGGCAUGGGUAACCUACACUACAGAAAAAAACCCGCACAGAUAUGAAUGCAGCUGGUGUCACAAUUGUUCAGCAUAUUCACUUCACUUUUGUUUCUUCCUUCCAGCCUAUUUUGUUUAUUCCUACUCAGGAGAAAAUAUGUCUUGAAGCAAGAAAGGCAAACUAGUUUAAUGCAUUACCAAACACAGCGAAACCAAUUUGCCUUAUGAAACAGCGGGCGGAUUUUCUGCGUAAACACAUAUUUUAUCUUUACUGCACCCUUCCAUGUAAUUGCAAUGUAACUGAGAAGGUGAUUACUUGAAACAGAAUAUCUGUUCCUUUUAGAGCUUCUUGGUGUUUUGCUUUUUGUCUGAGGUUUACAUUUUAAGCAAGGAAAACAAGUUAUCCUGUGAAUACUGCAGGUGACAAGAUGUUCUGUUGUUUGCUGUACCAAACAGUGAUUCAAACAUUUGGUUUAAUUCUGUAUUCAGCUCUCCAUUUCUCUGUGUAACUGAAUAUCCUGAGCAUUUGUGGAACAGGGAUGGCACUUCCCCACUCCACAAGAGGACCAAACCCUCUUAUAAUCAGGGAGCAUUCACAUGAAAUAUUGCUGAGAGGCAGCAUUGUUAAACACUUUGAGGAGAGCUCUGGCUUUCAUCUGGGUUGGUUUUAAGACUCUAGAAGUGUUCCAGAGAGUGCCUUGUUUUUAAAAAGUUUUUUUCCAGAAGAUAAGGGGGAUUUUGCUGCUGAGCAGUGAGUGCCUCUUCCUCUGCACAGCUGUUAAGUUGAUUUGGACCAUGUUUUCUAGAUGAUUCUGUGAAUCUGGCCACCAGAUAUAGUCAGAUCCAGUCAGAUCCAGCAAAGACCACUGUUACAGACUAGUAGACCUUGGUACAAUACCCUGGUGUCUUUUACCUGGACUUUACCCGUUGCUGCAGGAGAUGUGAUUUGUAAUUACUUGACUAGGAACUCUUCCAAAGCCAGGAGCUGACCAUGCUACUCCAGGAUGGGCUUGGGAUCAGUGCCUAGGGAGGAAUGGGUGCUUUUGGAUUGAAAGAUCAUCUCAUUACUAGGAAAAUGUUUCUUUCUGAGAACAGUAGACGUGCGUUU